AUGCCGAACUCGAACGGCUACGACGUGAGUUGCCUUCCUUCAUCGGGUGAAAAUGCUACGGCUGAGGAUGCGGCGCCACAACUUGCAGAGCAAACGGCAAAAGUGGAUACCGCCGUGAAUACCCCAGUUGUGGUUGAUUCUAACGAUGAUGGAACAAUCGCCCAGGAACUGGAACUAGAGCAAAUGAGGAGUACAUUGGAAGAGGCGAUUGUGAUUGGAAAAGCGCAGUACGCCUCUCGAAAAUCGACCGCGACUUCCCCGCAUAGCCCUAAGCAAGCGGAAUCGGGCUGUCGUGAGGGCUCUGAACCCAAUGCUGGUGACCUAUUUGGAAGCCAGCCGGGACCUUUGCGAGACGGACUCAAUUCUUUUUGGCGCCGCACUGGCAGUCUGCCGUAUUAUAGGCGCCAAACUCUCCACGGCUGGACGCGCUACUGGACAAAGUAG